CGUCAAGGCAUUGAGUUGGACCGGAAGCACGACUCAGGCUCAGCCUCGUUGCAAGGCGGGAAGCUUUGGAUUGCAUGACCGUGGCAGAGGCUCGUGUGAGACUUUUUAUCAAUUGUGAACCUUGAGACCGCGAAUUCCUCGUUGUCGUUGAUAAUAGAUUGAAGUUUGGAGUUGACUGGAAUGGGGUAGUUGAGCGUUGAAUUAAACCAUGGCGUACAACCAUGGCCCCUUUAUGGUCAUCGGGGUGGACUUUGGGAUGACCUGCACAGGCGUCGCAUUCUCCGAAGCACCCCGCUGGACCGACCCAAAGACCUUCCAACAAUGGACGUCCAUUAUCAGCGAACUCGCCAACAAAGUUCCCUCGAAACUCGCCUACACUAAAUCUAACCGCGAGCUCCAAGCAUGGGGUUUCUACUGCCCCCAAGACGACCCUUCGCUCGAAAUCCAAGAAUUGUUCAAGCUGAACCUCGACCCGGAUUAUAUGGAUCCGUACGAAAAUGCGCCAACAACAGAACAGGCUCGAGGCUGGUAUCUCGAUUAUCUGAGGUGUAUACAUGAUCAUAUUGCGCAUCAUUUUAUGAGCAGGAUACCGAAUUGGAAUUCGUUACAGGUGGAAUGGAACUUCAGUGUACCAACAACCUGGAAAAACCCGAAAGUGAUAGUGGAUAUCGAGGUGUUAAUCAAGAUGGCAGGGUUCGGGACUGCUGGGCCGUCGCAUCGUACUCGAGUGACAUUGAAUGAGGCGGAAGCAGCUGCAAUUGCUGUUGCCAGGCAGUACCUUCAAUUUAACGAUGUCCUAAUGGUGUGCGAUUCUGGCGGUGGGACAUCCGAUGUUAGUAUUUUAAAGGUAGCCUCACAUCCAGGAGAAGCAACGAAGUUAGCACCUUUACUCCCGGUAGAAGGUGGAUGGUUUGGAUCGGCCUUGAUAGACAUGGCAGCUCAACAGCUCCUGAUGAAUCGGUUAUCAUUGAUCGCUACACAUCUCCAACUUAGUCCGCAAGAAGCGGUGCAAAUGAUGAUAGGAGGGAGAUUUGAGCGGUUUAAGUGUUCCUUUGGUGGAGAAGGAACGGAUAUCCCAACUUUACCCCUUCCUGUUCCAGGCCUUCCUCCAGGAUCCUACUUUCCAGAAGCCGGGAUCGUCAAUUCAAACAUUAUCAUAACGAGGGACGAGCUGCAAAGCAUGUUUGACGAGCAAGUUCAUGGAAUAAUCAAUUUGAUGGACUCUCAACUCCGGAAACUGCAACAAGAACAGCCCCUAGAGCGAGUUUCGUUUCUAGUUCUUUCUGGAGGUCUUGGGGCAUCUCCUUAUCUCAGAAAACGAAUCAUGUCGUACUUUGAGUAUACCGCUCCAUCGAUUCGGGUCUUGUUAGCGGAACAACCGCAACUAGCAGUAGCCCAUGGUUUGGUAGCUGAGCGGACGCAGAUGGUCACACAAGGGGUGAUAGCAAUCCGAGAACGCCCCUCGAGAUUAAGCUACGGAGUAGUUUGCGACCAAAUUUACCAAGAAGAAAACCACCUUGGCGAAUAUGUCGUCCGAGAUCCGAGAGACGGGAAGAGGUGGGCAAAGGCCCAAAUCGAGUGGAUAAUAAAACAGGGGGACAAAGUCCCAACCGAAGGCGUUGCCAAAGAAUUCCGAGCAAAAAUCCAAAGAUCCCAAAUCGGUCGGCCGUGGAAAGCCCAAGUCGUAAUGUCCGCGUAUCCCCCCGAUCAACUCCCGCGUAGUAUGUACCAUGAAGGAGUUACAACUUUGUGCAUCGUAGAGUCGUCUUUAUUAGGGGUAAAGAUGAAGGUGAAGAACAAGCACUGGUGGAACUCGAAGAAGAAGCAUUCAAUGGCUGAAUUUGACUUGAAAGUAAUACCUGGAUCCGCCGACCUCACAUUCCAGCUCUGGUCGGAAAAUCGGAUGGUUAGCAGAGAACAGGAAAACCUUGCCAUUGUUUGGGAUGACAAUCUCCGACCCCAAGCCGAACUCGCUGCAGAAUUACACCAUGAAUGAAACAACAGCUUAAGUCAUUAAAUUUUAUAAAUCUUUCUAUUACGCACUAGCCUUAACAUGGAAUACGGCGUCGCAAAGCGAUGAAAUGCGUCACAAAGCCAGCUAGUAAGGCCGCAACAAUGAACAAGGUUCGAGUUGACGAAUUUGUAAUGUUUGAGAUGACCUAAAGAGCCUGGAAUAGAUCAUUACUGAAUCCUUUGGUGAUAGACAGAGCACGGAGACCUACUGAGCAGAAUCGUAAGGGGAGUUAGAAAAUGCUCACGUAUGUGAGAAGCCUCACGUUUCGGGCAAGUCGAGUCGAUAAACGACUCUCGAC